UGGGAUCUCACCCAGCUCGACUCACUGCAGCCCCAAGUUGACGGUAUCCUCCGCCACUUUCCCAAGCUUGACACUGUCUUCGUCAACGCCGGCAUCCAAAACCACUACGACAUCUUCCAAAACCCACCCCCCAAUCUCGCCCAGGAAGCCAUUCAAGAGUUAACAACCAACUUGGUUGCACCCAUUCUUGUCGCUCAGGCCUUUGCCGCCCAUCUUUUGUCUCUUGCAAAACAAGGCAUCAAAACCAACAUCUUCCUUACGAGCUCCUCGCUGGCGUAUUUCCCUGUUCCAUUUUACCCAACCUACUGCCCUUCCAAAGCCGGCGUGGCGUCCUUUUGCAAGAUCUUACGCUGGCAGCUUGAGGCGACUGGUGUCAAAGGAAUGAGCGUUGUGGAAGUGGCACCGCCCUAUGUCGACACACCCCUGAAUGCUCAUCACAGAGAGCAAACCGAUGCGCUGCAGGGCGGGCCUGAGAAGGCGGUGCAGCCUAUGCCGCUUGACGAAUACAUCGACAAGUUCUUUGACCUGUUGGAGAACACCAAGCAGGAUGGGUCAAUCAAUGAUGAGAUUGGGGUCGGCUUUGGCGGGCAGGGGCAAAAGGUGUGGAAGCAGGGGUAUGAGAGCUUGCUCAGGGGGAGUGGUAUGACUGAUUAA